AUGGUAAAUGAAAUUAAGAAAACUGAGGAUAAUGUCAUCAGUACAUUAGGUGACAUUAAACAAACAGUUUCUGAUUUCACGGACAUGUUUGUAGAUAUGAGACGGAACAUAACGGACGACAUGUUAAGAAGAAGUGAUGAAAUAAAAAUGAGAGAAGAAUCGUUCAAGACUCUUUUUGAAGAAACAAGAAACAGCCUCACUAUUGGCAUUGACUCUCAAAAAGAGGAACUUAUUAAACUUCAAGAAUCGCUCAAGAAACGUUUUGAAGAAACAAGAAACAACCUCACUAGUGACAUUGACGCUAAAAAAGAGGAACUUAAUCAAAUUCAAGGGAAACUUGAUCAACCUCAGAUCGCUUUCUAUGCACAUCACUUGAAAGACCUGGCUCUUGAUACUACAAAUGAGAUUCUCAUAUUUGAGAAGACAUUCACUAACGAGGGAACAGGUUACGACGCGUCUACGGGCUUGUUCACAGCACCUGUUGGAGGACUGUAUCAGUUUGAUGUUCAUACAUGUGCUGCUUAUAGAAAAGAUACAUAUCUUGGCCUGGUGUUGGAAGGUAACGUAAUUGCAGCAAAUGCUAACUAUGGUGAUGCUUCUGAUGGCUGUAGUAAUUUCGGUGCAAUAGUGAGAGUAAAAUCAGGAGCACAAGUUUGGGUUAAAUCCACAUCGUCAGGUUCUAACCGCCAGUUGUAUCAAAACAUAUACAGGAUGAACACAUUUAGUGGACUGCUAGUGAAUUACUAGUGAAAAACUCAAUUAAAAAUCAUCACAUAAACAAUAAUCUUAA